AUGGAGGGUGGAGAAAGUGAGGGAGGAGGGGAAGAGGAGAGGAGGGGAACCCCGCCACAGGAGGAGGAGAAGGACGAUGAACAGCCAGGUGAUGCUGACGAGGCAGCAGAGGACUCUGGGGUUACUGCGCUACCUGUGCAAGAGGUUUGUGAAAGACACUACUCUACAGUACAGGAUACGUCUUUUCACACGUUUCUCAAGUUAGGAUUUGCGAGUCUCAUGAUAUUGUAUCAUCGGCAUUUUAUUUUUAGACAUAGAAAAUCAUGACAUUAUUUCCAAAAUACGAUUUAGACAUGAUUUAGGCAAUGGUCAAUGCACUGAAUUAAAUAUAACACUUUAUUAUAAGUAUUAUAUUAUAUAUCUCUAAGGAUCAAUAAGUGACUUCCUGAGUGUCCUCCUGUCUAUCCUCCAUGCAGGGUGGAUCAGCAGAGCAGUCAGACAGAGAGCAGGCUGAGGCGGGGGCUGAUGACCCAGUGUCCCAGUCAGGAGACAAUGGUACAGGCGCAGCCAGCAACUCCGGUCAGCAGGGUUUCAAUAAGAGGGAGGGGUAGAACAAUGGUGGGAAAAUGUAACUGAUUUCUAUCACCUUUGAAAUUGAGUUGAGCGCUGUGACUUGUCAAGCACGGUAUCUGUUGAGGAUUGAUCAUGAAACAUUGUUUUUUGGGUUCCAGAUAACGGAACGAUGCCCUUGCCUCCUCACCCCUCAUUGCACCUCUCAGUCCCCCUCUCUGACAGCGAUGGGGACGAGUUACGCAGGGCGGAGGAAGACGACGAUGGAGAUGAGCUAAUUGUACUGGACCCUGAACACGUAAGCAGUUUUCCUGCUUAACAUCACUGCUAACAUUGUUUUAAAUACCUUAAGGUUUAAACCCUGUUAUGCCUAUCAGAUGAACGCCUUAGUAUGGUUUUUCCAAUCUGCCUGUAGCCACUGAUGAAAAGGUUCCAGACUGCACUGAAGAGCCACCUCCAUAAGCAACUGGAGAGACUCAACUUGGAGCUGAGAGAGAAGGUGCAGUAGGUCUCUUCUGAAGCAAAGACUCUUCAUUCUUUACAAUGGUUUACAAUCAAAUCAACAUGGACAUCCACGUUACAGUAUACAUGCAGGAUGACUCAUACCUUUUAUGGGUCCCCUUUUUGAAGGCACUCUUUUCCCAGGAGAGGGCGCCAUUGACUUGUUUUGGCUCAAUCUCGAAACAUUCAUUUCAAAACACACAAUAAGAUAAUCUGCAACUAGAAAUUAUCUAUAAGCAACAACAAUUGAUUUACAAGGAUUAAUCACUAUUGUUAUAACAUAAAAAAAAAACAUCCACAGGCCUUGCAGUGCAUUUCUAAGGCAUUUGUCCUAUGCAAUUCUGACCCCAACCUAUGCUUUCUUUCCCUCCACUCCUCCACCCAUCUCCCUAGAUGGCUAUAGAGAGGUCUGAGAGCGACCACCGAGAGGAGCUGGGCGUGGAGCUGUACGGCAUACAGCAGGAGCUGGCCAGACUCCAGGCCUGUCUGGAGGACCGUCACGAGACCAACACACAGGCGGCCGCCCAGCGCAGACAGGCCCAGGAUCAGCUGGAGGGGGUCCGAAGCCAGUACCGCACCACAGCCAGCCAGGCCAGCAAGCAGAGGUCACAUGGUGAGACCCAUAGAGAUAUACAGUUAGUCUGCCUUCUUUUAAAUUCUGUGGUGAUAGCACUCACUGACUUGAUAGGGACAGAUAUACUAGGAUUUUAUAGAUACUAUCCAACUGUUCAAGAAACAUAGACACAUUGAAUCAUCAACAGUCAUAAGCACAAGUUUCUGUGAAUAUAGGCUGUUGUCCCUGUGUUACAGAUGUAGGAUCUUAAUUUGAUCACUCUUUUGUUGCUGAGAAUUUUUGUGCACCACAGGAAAUGCAGAUGAGCUUUGUGAUUUACAUAAAUUCACUGAAAACCUACACUAACACCAACAGUAUUGCACUUUUCAAGUAGCCUACUUUUGGCCAGCUAAUAGCUUAACCACCGAUCAAGCAACGUUAUGGACUAAACGUUAAAAUCCUGUUGCUGCAGGAUUAUUUUGCUGUGACAAUAUAGGUCAAAUUAAGAUCCUAUAUCUGUACUAUGGCUUGGGCCAGGAGUUUUUCUUAACCUAAUCAAGGAAAAAAUCAGGACCCUAGCCUAGUUAUAAUAGCCCAUAACUAUCACCUAAAGGUUUUCCUGGUCAGGUGACAUAGUCAGGAAAAACUCCUGUCCCUAACUACUUCUAUCACCUUCUCCCUCAGUGUCCCAGCUGCAGAGUGAGGUAGAGAACCUGGCACUGCGUCUGUUCUACAUCCAGGAGGUUAACGCCGACCUGCGCUCUGACAUCACAGCCAUGAAAAACGCCUCGCGCAAGGCCCACUCCGAGAAGACCCAGGCAGAGGAGCAGAAACAAAAACAGGUCAGGACACACGCCUUCCUUCUUUUACAACUGAUUCAAAAUCAGCCGAAUGGCAUGUUAUAUCUAAUGUUAACCGUUCUGAGCCAAAUCGCAAAACUGGACCUGGACCAGUUGCUAAGGGUCUAGAAAUAGAAUUUCGAAUUAUUCUUAUUUCUUUGGCUGUGUCUUCUCAGGCAGUGUAUUACAGGUGAUUGCUAAUAUGACCCUCUCUCUCUUUCUAACCCCCUCUCUCUCUUUCUCUCUACCAUCCCUCUCGCUCUCCCCCCCCCCUACCCCUCUCUCUCUCUCUCUCUCUCUCUCUCUAACCCCCUCUCUCUCUCUCUCUCUUCCACCCCUCUCUCUCUCUACCCCUCCUACCCCCCUCUCUCUCUCUCCCUACCUCCCUCUCUCUCUUUCUCUCUACCACCCCUAUCUCUCUCUACCUCCCCCCCUCUAUCUCAGGACUUGUAUGUGGAGCGGUUGACCAAACACAUGGAACGGCUGACGGAGCAGAUAGCUCUGUAUGAAGUCCAGACCAUCGCCCAGUCUGAGGAGACCCAGGCAGCCAAGGAGGCCCUCUCUGAGGUACACUACUGUCCACUCCAGGGUGGGUGUAGGCUUUUGCUCCAGCCAAGCAGUAGCACACCUGAUUCAACUAAUGUUUUAAUCCUAAAUGUGUUACUGCUUAGGCUGAGUCAAAAGCUGUACACACAGAAGGAAUGGGGAAUGGUGGUGAAUGGUGUGAAUUUUGCCUGUGUGUCUCUCGAUGCAGGCCCAGAUGGAGAUGGACUCUUUGGUGAUGGAGAGGAAGCAACUGCUGCAGCAGUGGAACAGCAGCCUGGUGGGCAUGAGGAGACGAGAUGACGCCUACACCGCCAUGCUGGAGGCUCUACGGUGAGGACACUUAAACUCCUAGCACUGUGUAGAGUCGACACACCACAGGAGGCUGCUGAGGGGAGGACGGCUCAUAUUAAUGGCUGGAAUGGAGUGAAUGGAAUGGUAUCAAACACAUGGGAACCAUGUGUUUGAUGUGUUGGUUACCAUUCCAUUUAUACCGUUCCAGCCAUUACUAUGAGCCCGUCCUCCCCAAUUAAGAUGCCACCAGCCGCCUGUGACACACACACACCUCACCACACAGUGUAGAACAGCAGCCUGGUGGGCAUGACGAGACGAGGCCUACACUGCCAUGCUAGACGCUCUACGGUGGCAGAGAAUACACACUGGAUAGACUUGAAAUGGCAACCAUAUUCCAUCUAUAAUGCACUACUUUUGGCUAGAUGUCCAUUGGCCAGUGUCCAAUGUCUAUUUACAAUACAAUUUGUAUUUGCUGUGCAUCAGUGCUGCUGGUCUGCUCUGGUCAAACUUUCUCCUUGAGACUUGACAUGCUGUACACCUGUGGGAUGCCACCAUGUACACGUCUAUCAAUCUCCCCCUCCCUCCCUCCCUCCCUCCCUCCCUCCCUCCCUCCCUCCCUCCCUCCGUCCAGCACGGCCACCCACCAGGUCCGCUCUUUAGACACCGAAAUCGAGGGCUUCAAGAAGUCCAUCACGCGGGAGGAGGAGCGUAAUGAGCUGCUGACAGUACUACUGAACAGGACCCAGCUGGACAGCGCCACCUCCAAGAAGCUGAUCUCCCAGAGCCACAGCCAGCAGGAGGCGCUGAAGGCCCAGUACAGCAUCUACAUGAGGAUACUGCAGGAGACCGAGCAGACACUGCAACGCGUCAACACAGUGAGUUAAUUAAUGAAUUGGUUUUAUUUUACACAUUUGAAUAGGUUGCUUUAGCCAAGUGGAAUCAACAAUACCCACAUUGAAAUGAAUCAUUGAGGAUUAAAACAAUGAAGUCAAAAGACUUGCUUCCAUUGUGGUUUUUCUUGGUGUAUCUUCUGUUCUUUCCCUAUGCAGGCUCCUCUGAAUGCAUUAUCCGCUCAAUAUGAAGUGACUGGAAUGUUGUAUUGUUGUUGUCAUGACUCAUAUACGUGGAUGAUAGUACGAUGAAACACUUCUAAUCCCUGUCCUGUCCCGCUCCCUCCCAUCUCCCCCCUCCCCUCUCUCCUCCCUCUCUCCAGGAGUGUGGGGUGCGCCAGAUGGAGGUGUCCUCCCUGAGGAAGCAGAUGGAGAAGGAGUGGGUGCGGCGCAUCGAGCUGGAGGACCGCAUCAUGUCCAAGAUGCAGGAGCAUCUCACCCACGACAAGGCCACCAAGUACUCCCGACGCCUCACCGACAAGAUGGCCGCCCACAAGAGGGAGAAGGUGAGCGUUGAUCGGCGUACUUUUUUUCCAUCAAGUUUAUUUCGGGAGUUUUCAAGUAAUUCAUACCAUUACAAAAACAAUUUUAUUGUGGAGAUGUGUUAGGAAUGGGAGACUUUGUAGAAUUACAGCACAGAAGGAGUUUAAUCUGGUUGUUAUUUAAGAUGAACAUUGGUAUAGCUAGUUUUUCAAUAACCUGUGUAGACAAAAAAAAUGAAAGGGUAAAUUGAUAACCACACCAACCACAAUGCUACAUAUGAAACUUUGUUAGUGCAAUGUAUCUCCUCUGUGUGUGAGUGUCCCUCCCUCUCUCUUCACCAUACCAGGAGGCCCAGCUGUCCUGCCUAGAGAACGAAAUGGCAGCGGUGACGCUGGAGAGAAGUAACGUCACCCUGCGUCUGGAGGGUCUGGCUCGCACCCUCGCCUCGCUGGAGACGGAGAUGAGCCGCCGCAACCAACUGCUCAGCGCCAGCGAGGCCAGGAUCACCAAGCAUGUCACCGUCAUCGAGCGCAAGCAGGCCACCAUCAACGUUUACAACAAGAAGAUCGAGCAGCUCAUCGCCAGCACUGGGGUGAGAGUUAACUUACAACCGAGCACUGACCAGUGUAAGUUCUGUCUAAGAAUAAAGGACUGAAGGUACUGAAUCUAAAAUAGAUACCACCUACAGAACUAGAAUGAUAUUCUAUGUCUAUGAGAGCACCAUCCUCUACAAUAAGACUGGAGCUAGUAUCGAUUUGAAACGUUUCAAAAGGUUCCUGAUUUUCUAUGUUGUCUUGAUCACAUCCCUACUUACGUCAACAGCACGAGGACCUGGGCCCGUUGGAGAUCCGGGCCAGUACUCUGACCAAACAGCUGGAGGGGGUGGGAGGAGAGAUCAAGGAGGAGCAGCAGCUCUGGCUGCGGCAGCAGGGGGAACUAGUGAGACUGACACAAGAGAAACAGGCCCGGAGCGCCGCCCUGCUCACACUGCAGACCCAAUGCACCAUCCUACAGCAGAGGAAAGUCCGCACCGAGAGUAUGUAAACACACACUGACCCAGGAGAAACGGCCCAGAGCACCGCGCUGCUCACACUACAGACACAACUCUCCAUCCGCACCAUGACUACAACACACACUCAGUGGAUAUAGAGAUAGAUAUGAUUUAUUUAAGUGUCAUACACUUACCGGUGCCCAGCCCACAUGGGCUUACAAGACACUACAGAAUAAAAUAACAUUUUACAAAUUAUGCGCAUAAAAUAAUCAUGGCAAGGACAGCUACCAUCUAGUACAUUUCUCCUUCUCGUCCAGGCAUUGUGAACGAACUGAGCAAUCUCAAACACACCCUGUCUGAAACAGAAAUGCAAGCCUCUGCUCGUCCUGUAACCAGAAUACUUUCUAAGUCAUUUAAAAAAUAAAAAUAAAUGUCUCAGAUCGUCAUACAGAGCACAAUAAAACACAAAAUGGAUUUCGUUUGCGAUUUCCCCAAGAUCACACAGAAGGCAAAUUCUCUCCUCUUCAGGCACUCUGUUAAAUCUACUAGUGUCUAGAGGGAGGGUGCCGGAUCUGAGUUGUGCAUAAAGUGACCUUUGGAUUUUUGUUAGGUUCAGGCAGACAUAUGGUUCAGGGUUGGAAGAUGUGCAGUCUUGGUCACAGAGACUAAAUCUAUAGUGGGUCUUUGUGACCCUACCCUAACACAGACACUCCCGUCCCCAACACACACACCCUAACCCUUGGUCUCCCCACCUCUCCGCUGCCUCCCGUCCAGCUGAGAUACAACAGGAGCAGCGUGAGCAGGCCGAGCUGGAGAGACACAUGAAGGAGCUGAUGGCGGACAUGUUGAAGCUCAACUCCCUGCUGAGUGAGAACAGGCAUCUCCGCCAGGCCCUGGAGCAGGGCAACGUCCUCAUGGAGACUGACUUCCUGCACAGACUCAAGGUGAGACUGGGGAGGGGGGUGUUCAUGGUAGAGGGUGUUCAUGGUGGGGGGUGUUUCCGGUGUUAAUCAGUCCCUCAGUCAAAUACGUACACAUACAAAUACUAAUAUGUCUGUUUCAGUCCUAAACCACUGCCUAGUAUACUAACUAAGUAAUUAUUUAAACUACAAAAUUAUUUUUCUGUCUAGACAGACAGUAAUUUCUGAUACUCCAUAAUAUAUUCUGAUCAACAGGCUUGUUCUUGUUCAAAGACUUUUGACCAAAUUGAAGGGCAGUAUGCUAGACAUACUGUAUAUAGACUUAAAUAUGAUAUAGAUAUAGAAAUGCCUCCACACCAUUGUACUUCAUGUAUAACAGUGUAUUUCUGUAAUGUUGUGUGUGUAGGAGGCAGAGAGAGACUCCAUUGAGAUGCAGAUGAAGCUAGAGAGGAUCCAGGAGGAGAAGGACAGGCUGUUCAACAGUCUGGUGGAGUCAGAGUGAGUCAAACAGUAGCAAGUAGUCGGUUUAGAAACAUGAGCCUCUGUCUAUCUGUCUGUCUGUGUCUUGUACCUCAUUCGAGUGUACGUUUGUGUGUGCCUCACAUGUUUGUGUUAUGUGUGUGUGUGUGUUUGUUUAUUUCACCCAUGUUUAUUUGUGUGUGUGUGGGUUUCAGGCGUCAGAUCAUGCUGUGGGAGAAGAAGAGCCAGCUAGUGAGAGAGACCAGGUCGGCUGUGGACUCUGAGGUGGGCCAGGGAGACAUCCGCACCAUGAGGGCUGAGAUCCACCGCAUGGAGGUAACAUCUCACACACUGGAGAAACCAAGAGCAAAUCUCACAUCACACCAUUUUUCACAUAGUGCACUACUUAGUCCCUCCUACUGCAGACUGAUACACUAUGUCCCCAUAUAGCACACUACAACAUUGUGUUGCUGCCUAUACAAAUAAAGUUUGAUUCGAUUCCUUCGCGCACUAAAUGUGGAAUAGAUGGAAUAGGCAGGACACCUCACACACUCAUACACCUGUUUCACCCCCUCCAAUGCUUUUACUGGGUAAUGAAUCAAUGCCCUGUACUGGAGGCAAGAAUCAAGUAUCCAUGUGAGUGUGUCCCUACAGGUGCGCUACAGUCAGCUGAUGAAGCAGCAGGAGCGCCUACUGAGGGAGAUGGAGGGAGUGGUGGCUCGUAGGGAGACUAUCGUGAUGCGCAGUGAGGCUCAGGCACGCACCAACCGCAAGCAGCCCACACACACCGACUUCCACGGCAUCCUGCAGGGCCUGCGCCGGAACAUACUGGACACACAGAAGGUGGGGGGUGUGGGUGUAUGGAAGUGGGUGGGUCGGUGGGUGGGUGAGUCGGUGAGAAGUGGGUGGGUCGGUUGGUGUGUUGGUGGGUGUGCGUAUGUACAGUACGUAUAUGCUUAAUAUGUGUGUCUAUGUUGUGUGUGUCUCCCCACCCUAACAGCAAGCGGAGGAGUGUGAUGGGGUACUCAGGGAGCUGCAGCAGGGCCAGGCCUGUCUGAGCAGCAGUCUGAGGGACAAACAGCUGCAGCUGGGAGAGCUCCACAGCGCCAGAACUGUCCUCACCUCAGACUUCCACUGUCUGCAGGACACCAAGGAGAGGGUAUGUGAUGUUGAACAUUCACCCAUUCACUCAACAUUAUUCCUGCCCAAUUUAUUGGUAUCCAUAGUUGAGAGGUGGUUUUCACUGUGCAUAGCUAUUUGAAUAUCUCUUUUCAUCUCAUGUCUUGUCUUUUUAAAUCCCUUAUCCAUCCUUCUUUUCCUUCCUCGGUCUGGUUCUUUCUCUCUCUCUAUCCUCCCUUUCUCUCUCUCUUCCCUUUCUCUCUCUCUCUCUCUCCUCCCUCCCCCGCUCUCCCGUCUCCUUCAUCUCUCCUCUCUCUCCCUCCCUCUAGAACCUGGCCCGUCUGGUCUCCCUCCAGGGCCGGGCCAAGCAGCUCCAAGCGGUGCGUGAGGGGCGCUACAGCGCCCUGUCCACCGGCGAAGCCUUGGAGCCUGCGUUGCGGCGUCAGGAGGAGCGUCUGCACACUGUGGCCACCAUCCUGCACCGCGUCCAGCAGGAGUUCCCCCAGCACCAGGGGGCGCUACGACGCAUCUCCCUAGCCCUGGCCGCGCGCCUGCAGACACCAAUUGGUCAGGAGACCCUCUGACUAUUACAUGACUGAAAACCACCAUCGUAGGAUUACCCACGGAGUAGAUGGGAGAUAGAGAUCCAUCAUAGUUGUAGGGUAUUACUGCUCGAUGGUGUUCUAUGUUACUCUGGCUGUUAGGAUUAGGGAGCUGGACUUGGGGUGGAAGCUCUCCACCUGGCCAUGUUUGGGCAAUUUAGGUUUUCAGAAUAUUUUGUUUCAGUUUAUUUUCAGUUGAUAAAAUGAAGAGUUGAUUUAAUAUAUACACAGAUACAUCCUGCCAGCCUGUGAAAAUAAUAUUGUCCUUGGAUAAACUGAAGAUACACAUCUACACAUAUAUGAACAAUAAAAGCAACAUUUGCUAUUCUUUCUUUAGUUAAUAUCCACAAACUAGCUAAAUCUUAAGUAUGGAAUCACUAAAGCCAGCC